CUAAGUUAUUUAAAAGAGAAUUUACAAUCACUAAUUUAUAAACAUACCAAUAUGGGACAUUCAACAACAACAGCACCACCAACAACAACACCAUCAACUCAACUGACUAACAAUAAGGCGGUGAAUAAUUCUCCUACACUUCAAAGUAUGCAUAUUCGUGGAUUUAUAGAUAUGCUGUAUCGAUUAAUAAAAGUAGCAUCAUCUGGUCAUGAACUUUUAUUGAUAAACAAAAUUAAUAUAAAUGAAUUAUUGAAACAAUUUAUGCAAUUAUUUAAUAUUCUAUUCCUGAAUCAAUUUAAUAAUGAAUUUACUAUUACUACUACUACUACUACUACUACUACUGCGACGACGACCAACACUCCUGUUGCUGCUGUUGCGGCUGCUACAACAACUACUACCACUAACAAUAAUAAUGACAGUCAGUCAACUUGUCCUUCGUCUGUAUUCAUUCCCCUACCUGAUGAUAAUGAUAACGUUGAUGAUUAUGAAAAAUAUUUUCAAUACCUGAUCACAAGUGAAGUAGAUGUCAUGUUGUUGGAAUUGAUUGCUCACUGUUUACAACUAUGCCUAUCCUCUUGUCCGUGUAAUCGUCAAACAGAAGGUAGAGGCAGAGAAGAUCAAAUCACCCGCCAUAUCGAUGAUACGCUACAUCUACUGCAGACAUUUAAAAAUGAUAUCCUCAAUUCGAAAAGUACAACACGUCAUUGGUGUAAACAAAAGUGGUCGUACUUAUUCAACAGUUCAAUAUUUGCCUCAAUGACCACGUUGAAAUUAAAACAGCAUAAGUGUUGUUGUUUGAAAAGGAUCAAUAUCUUAAAGGAUGAACUGUUUAGCUUAUCUAUUGAAUUGUCUAGUCAGAAAUUGAAUACAUUGACACGGUUGAUGGAUAUUGAUGCCUUUUAUCGAAGCACUGGUAUACAUUUCAAAGCUAUUUCUUUGGAUGAUACAUCGCCAUCAACAACGACAACAGAAGAUAAAAAUGAAACUGCCAGUAACACUGAAUCACUAUUGCCUACAGAUAACUUCGUAUCACCACGUGUGAUUCAUUUGAUCUUUCAGAUAGCCAGUUAUUCUAAUCAAUUAUGCAGGGAAGUGUUGAAGUCAAUUCUCAAAAAGGCGAUAAAGUCCAAUCAGAUAUGGUGUCAGUUAAAUGUCACACCGAGUCACCUGUUGAUUUCUGUUCUAUCGUUUCUGAGAAUCAUAUCGGCAACGGGACAGAUAAGAUGCUGGCGGCGUUUAUACUUCUUACUUGGCCGAUUGAUGAAGGCUGGUGUACUAACUUAUCCCAUACCAACAUUUUUAAUUGAUCAUGAAAACGGAAGGGUCGUCAAUAGUCUGUCAAGAUAUUUCUACUUAUUAGAUUGGAGUAAACUUCGUGGUACAUUCGAUCUAUUCGCAUUGACAUUUCAUGUAUUCGACUUAUGGUGUAAGUUGUCGUCUUCAUGUGC